ACUUUUUGUUUUAAUUAAUUUAUGUCUCUUUCAGCUUUAAGAGCAACAGUUUCAUUCUUAACAUUAAACUCCCUACUCCAAAUAUAUGAGAAUCAACCUAUGGAAUUUUGGGAUUCCAACUAAAUGAUAUCACAUCCAAAAUUAACUCCCAUUUUCUAAUCAAACCAAUAUUUGAAUUUGCUUGCUGCCUUUUUUACACUCACAUUUAUUGAUACUUCAAAUAAGCUUCAACUUACUAAUUCAAUUGCAGUUUCCACAUCCGUUAUCAUCUAAAAUUUAAAUCUCUUUUUACCCAAAACUUUCAAUAUGAUAUCUAUCUACUUGCAAUUGAUAGUCCUAACAUACUAACUCUUUAGGUUGUUUUCAUCAUAUUAUGAAAAAUUGCAAUUCGAUAAAAUACCUCAACCUCAUUCCUCAUUUCAAUGUUAAGAAAGCAUUAAAGAAUUAAAAAUAAUCAAAAAGUAAACCUAGAAAAAGCAAAUCUCUCAUAAAAAGAAAGAAAAAGUACAACAAAAACAAAUACAGUCAUCUCAAGAACCCCAAAUUGAAAAGGUUGAAUAAUCAGAUAACACAGAAGUGGAAUCUAUUGAAAACGAUUUCACAGAAUUUAUGAAGCAACCAUCUAAUGAUUAAACUAUCACAGAAAUAGAAACAGAUAAUUUGUAUGAAGUUAAUCAUGCAGAUUUAUCUCAAAUUUCAUAAGUUAAAGAAGAUUCAAAAUUGACAUUUCAACUUAAAUUCAAUGGAGAAUUCACUAAUUUAAAUUGUACUUUUGAAACAUUUGAUUCAACCUUGAACAUUUUAAAUUCAUCAUACACCUCAGAACAAAUCAAAUAAAUUAAAAUACAUUUGUUGCUAAAUCUCUAUGAUGAAAAUGAAGACUGUUCUUGUAGACUCUGGUGUCUAAAGAAACUCUUAUCAUAUAACUGAUGUUAUAACUACCUAAAAUUUGCUUUGUGUGUGAUUUAUAAUGUAAUUUCAUUAAAUUAUUUAUUUUUAUUUCAAUAA